UGACGUUUGCGGAAGCAAGUCGUUGCUAUUUAGCCUGUUAACCAAAACAGAGGGGAUAUUUUCAUAUUAACAUCUCCAAUAAAUCGGACAUUACUUCAGGUAUCGCGUUGACUCUGUCCAGGAGACUUCCCGGUGGACUCUGUGGCUGUCCGACGACCGAGAAGUAGCCAAACAUCGACUAAGAUGGAGGACCCUGGUGGUUCUGGAGCAGAGUCUGCAUCUCCAUCACCAGCAGGUGCAGCCAAGUCAAAGCUGGACACACUGUCCAAAGAUGACCUCAUCAAGUUUGCAAAGAAGCAGAUGGCGGCCAUGCAGAAGAUGAAGGGCAGAUGUGCAGAUCUGGAAAAAGAAGUUAAAUCCCUCACACAGCAAUCCAAAAAUUAUAACAACAGUUCAGAUGACUCCACUCUGAUACAGGAGCUGACUGAGAGGAUGGAUGCCUUACUACUGGAGAAGGCAGAAACUCAGCAAAGUCUUUCACUAUCUCGUAAAGAUCUAGAGAAGACUAAGCAGCAAGCCGAGGGUGAUCUGUUAGUGCUGCAAGGAGAGCUUGCCCGUGUAAUAGAAGACCACCAGAGAAAGAUCAAGAGCCUAGAGAGCAGUGUUGAGGAAUCCAACAACAAACACCAAGAAGAAGUGUCUUAUUUCCAGAAAUUGCUGAAAGAGCGAGAAGAAAGUGACAGGGAGAGGGAGAGUGAAAGAGAAAGAGAGAGGGAGCGCCUGGCUGAACAUGCCAGUGCAAAAGAAAGCGCCGAAGAGGUCCGCCUUUGCUUAGAAGCUAAGCUGGAAUCCCUUCGAGCUGACCUGGAAGCGACCCAAGAGCUGAAAUCCCAGGAGAUCGGCGAGCUGCAGGAGAGCCGCCAAAGGGAGUUGACAAAGACCCAGCAGGAGGUGGAGAACCUGAAGGAGGAGCUGGCUCAGAAGAGUCUGCAGCACGAAGACGAGAUGAGGGCUCUGGAGGAGGACUGGGAAAUUGAGAGGGAGCGUCUCCUGUUGCUCCACGAGGAGCUGACGGAGCAGCUCGCUCUCAAAGACAGCUACCUGCAGGAUGUGCAGGAGGAAGACGAGGACCCGGCCCGCGGUUCAGGGAUUGCCAAAAUGCUGGAGCUGUCUGCCUGCAGUCAGGGGGACUCCAGCCACAGCGAUGGGGAGGAGACGGAGACCGGAAGACUGAGAGCAGCCAUGGAUGAACUCCAAUCCCAGAGCACCAUGUUGCAGGACGAGCUCACCCUGCUCAGCAAUGUGAAGAGUGAGCUCGAGGCAGAGCUGGAGAGGGCCAAGGAGGAGUUUCAGAUAGAGAGAGAAGAGAUGGAGUUCAAAAUCAAUGAGUUGCAGAUGAGCCGGGAAAGUGCUCCCAGUGACCCGGCCGUAACCCUGGACCCUGACCAACAGGAAGUCCAAGGAGACUUUCAGCAGCAGAGUGAAGCGCACAAAGAUGGAAGCGAAUCAGCAAUCAGUCCUGUGGUCCAAAGCCCUUUGAAUCCAGAGGCGCUGAAGGCCCAGUGUGAGGCUCUGACCAGAGAAAGAGACUCUGCUGUGACCGAGUGUCAACACAUGACAGACAUAAUACAAGGUGUGGAGACAGAACUGGGUGAGAAGAUGACAAAUGUUGUUCUUCAGUACAAAGCCAUGACGGAGCAAGGUGCAAUUGCUGAACGGGAACUCCAAGACAAGAUGGAACAACUUAGCCAAGAGAGGGAUGAAAUGUUGGAGGAGAGAAACACUCUGAUGAAGAACCUACAAGACCUGAGGCUGAAGCUUGAAGGUUUCGCAGGAGAGGACCAGAAGCUCCAGUCGUCCGUAGAGGAGCAAACAGCUUUGGCCUGUGAGCUGAAGCAAUCUGUGGAGGAACUGACCCGGGAGAAUGUGGAGAUCCUCUCCCAACUGCAAGUGAAGGAAAACACGACUCAAGAACUGAAAGAGGUGGUCAACAUGCUGACUGAAGAGCGGGAUGAAAUGCGGUCCCAGCUUCAGCACAGAGGAGAGGAAAUGGAACAGCUGAACAACGAUAGGACAAAAGAAAUCGAGAGGAUGCUUCUGGAGAACGAGAAGGAUUUGAAGAGCCUGGAAAAAGAGAGGGAGGAUGAAGUGCAACACCUGAAAGAGGAGAGGGAGAAGAUGGAGGAGGGCCUGAGAGAGGCUUUGGAAAGACGACAGGAGACGGUUUCUGCUUUAGAGCUGACUAUCAAAGACCUCUCCACAGAGAAGGCCGACCUCCAACAACAGUAUGAAGAGGCAUCUUCUGGGCUUUCCAAAGCUCAGGAAACAAGGGAGCAUUUGGGCUCCGAGAUGGCCGCCCUGGAAGCUCGGCUAGAGCAGGAGACGUCUGAAAAGAAUCACCUGGAGGCAAAGUUAAAUUCGCUGGCAGAGGAGGGAGAUCGGGCCCGCACCUCCAUCACAGCCCUGGAGGAAAAUCAUUCUGGCAUGCUCAAAACCUACACAGAGGAAGUUGAGGAGCUCCGAGCACGUGUGGAGGAGCUGGAGAAGGAGAAGGUGCUGCAGAGGAAUAGUCUGGAGGAGUCUCAAGGGGUGAUGGGAUUAGAGGAGGUGGUGAAGGAGCUCCAGGCUCGUAUCGCAGACCUGGAACAGGAGAGGAGCAUGUCGAGGAACAACCUGGAGGAGGUGGUGAAGGAUACCGAAGGGCUGCAGAAAGACCUGGAGGAUAUGAAGUCCGUCAACGAGAAGGUUAAUGUGGAGAACCAGAGACUGCAGGCUCACAUUUCUCAGAUGACUCAAGAGACAGAAGAAAAGGAGGAAGGGGAAAUGGAGAAGGAGACGAGAGAGCUCAAAGACCAGCUGACAGAGAAGGAUUCGCUCAUAUCUCAGUUGAGGAAUGAAAUUGCUGCUCUCCAGGAGUCUGCUGCUCAGUGGACUUCCUCUGAGGAAAAUGCAGCCGGUGAGAUCACAAAGAAAAUAGCUCUCCUGGAGAAAGGACUCAAAGAAAAAGAUGAGAAGAUGAACAAAAUCAAGGCCGUGGCCAUCAAAGCAAAGAAGGAGCUGGAAACCAGUAAGAAAGAGGUUGCAUCCCUCAAGGAAGAAGUAGAAUCACUGAGAGCAGAGAGGGAGAAAGUGAACAGCUCCAUGAAAGAUAUCAUCCAUGGUGCUGAAGGCUACAAGAAUAUGCAGAUAGAUUACGACAGGCAGACGGAGCAGCUGGAUAAGGAGAGAGAGAAAGUGGUGGAGGCGGAGAGACAGAUCACUGAGCUGACCAAACGACUCAGCAGUGCUGUCACACUGACGGAGACACUUAGCAGUGAGAAGGAGAACCUGCUGGCCUGUAUGGAGAUGACCAGGAGCACAGUGAAGCAGCUGGAAGCUCAAAACCAGGAGCUGCAAAGACAGUCAACCGGUCUGGACAGAGACCUGCUGGCUGAGAGAGCCAUGAAAGAACAGAAGAUCAAGGACUUGUCAUCUGCAACGAAGGAGAUCGAAGAGCUGUCAGCCCAGCUCCGCAAGCAGCAGCAAAAGUCUCAGCAGACUGCCCAGGAGCUGGAGCAGCUACGCAAGGAGGCGCAGCAGAGCUCUCUGCUGGACAUGGAGAUGGCCGACUACGAACGCCUGGUGAGAGAGCUCAAUGCCAAACUCUUGGAUAGAGAGGAGUGUGCUGAGGAGUCAAAGGCCCAGAUAAACACUCUGACCCAGAAGGAGGACUCACUCAAACAGGAAAUCGAGGCUUUGAAGUCCCAGCUGGACCAGGGGGAGGAGAAAACCUCCAAGAUGAAACAGCUGCUGGUGAAGACCAAGAAGGACUUGGCUGAUGCCAAGAUGCAGGAAAGCUCCCUCAUGAUGCUGCAGGCCUCUCUGAAAGGCGAGCUGGAGGCUAAUCAACAGCAACUAGAAAACUCCAAGAUCGAGGUGAGUGAGCUCACGGGUGAGCGACAUCGUCUGCAGGAGCAGCUGAGGUCUGCGUUGGAACAGCAACAGAGAACCAACAGCUCCUUGCAGCAACGCAUCAACAGCCUGCAGCAGGAGAGAGAUACUGCUAAGGCUGAGCUCAUGGCAACAUCUGGCGAGUUUGACGGCUAUAAGGUGCGAGUCCACAAUGUGCUCAAACAGCAGAAGACUAAAACCACUGCCCAGAGCGAAGGAGACUCAAAAGUAGAGAGGGAGCAGUUUUCCUCCCAGGUAGAACAGCUGAGGUCCAGGCUGGCAGAUAGCCAGCAGAGCCUCCAGAGCAGCACGGCCGAGCUGCAGCAGCUCCAGACUGAGCACGACACUCUGCAGGAGAGACACAACAAAAUCCUGCAGGAAAACGUCAGCAAGGAGGCCGAGCUCCGUGAGAGGCUGCUGUCGGUGCAGUCGGAGAACGUGGCUCUGAGGUCGGACGUGUCCCAGGCUCAGGCUGACCUGUCUUCCCAGCUCGAGGCCCAGCGCCACACCUACAGGGAGCAGCUGAGGAAGCUGCAGGAUGACCACCGGGCCACCGUGGAGACCCUGCAGAGCCAGCUGACCCGCGUCGAGGAGCAACUCUUCCGCCUGCAGAGCCAGAACAGUUCAGUGGCGGUCCAGUCCAGCCGUAAGUCCCUGUCGUCGGACCCCCAGCGCAGAAACACGGACCACAACACGGCAGGUAUGGGAAUAAUGGCCCUCAGCGACCUCCAGUCUAUGGCCAGAGAGGAGGGCGAGGGCAUGGAGACCACCGAGACAGAGAGCCCGGCCCCUGCUCUGUUGCCCCUGCCCUCUCUGGAGCAGCUGCUCAUGUCCCCGGACCCUAAACAAGAGCCUGUUGUGUGGACGGUGGAGCCUACCAAACAAGAGCUCAGUGUAAAGCUGAUCACAGCCACGCGCAGUAUGGAGCACAUGAACAGCCUCCUGCAUGAAACUGAGGCCACCAAUGCUGUUCUCAUGGAGCAGAUCACCUUGCUGAAGAGUGAAGUGCGUCGUCUGGAACGAAACCAGGAGAGGGAGAAGAGCGUGGCCAACCUGGAGUAUCUGAAGAACGUCCUGCUGCAGUUCAUCUUCCUGCAAUCUGGCAGCGAGAGGCAGGCGCUGCUGCCCGUCAUUCACACAAUGCUGCAGCUCAGUCCAGAGGAGAAAAGCAAACUGGCGGCCAUUGCACAAGGUGAGGAAGAGGGGUCCGUUUCUCGGGGCUCAGGCUGGAGCUCCUAUCUUCACAGCUGGUCUGGGAUCAGAUAGACUUGAUGAUCCACCAACCCAACACAAACACUAGGAGCACAGUGCCCAGAUGUUACCGGGCCAUUUUCUGUGAAAACAUGUACCAAGCACUGAUGCCGCACAUUUGAAAUUAGUGGCAAAAGUUGGAGGUUAACUGGGGCAUUUACUAAAUUUAGGGCACACCAUAGAAGGGACUGAGGAAUGUAUCAGAGAAGUGUGUGGUAGAGAUGAAAUCAUUUGACAUUAAUAUUGAUUUGAAUUUGCGGUGCAAUAGUUGCAUUAGUCUCCUACCAAUUAAAGUUAACUGUGACACAUUCCUGUCUUCCUCACUCUUACUUUUGAUCCGUUUUAUAACUGGUUACUGGACAUUUCUUGAAGGGGAACUCAAACGGCAUUAUAAGACAUCAUUAGCACUGUGGAAAACAUUGUGUAACGUACAUGAUGUGUACACAUCAUGGUAAUAACUAAUAGCAUGAAAUAACUGGAAUAUCAUUUUCCGAUCUUUGAUUACUUUCCAAGAUUUUUCUUGCACUUCUAUUGGGCUUGUCCUGUGUAGCACAGUACAUUGUACUGGAGUUUUAGCAUAUUCGGUACAAACCGUAUAUGUUUUUAACAAUAUUUAAGGGCAUGAUUAAAUGUUUUUUUUUAAUAUGUCUUACUACCUUGGAGGCCAGCUGUCUUCCCCCCCCCCCCCCCAUUCCUUCAGUAGGAAAAUUGACACUUGCUUGAAAUACAUCCCAGUAAACAUUUAAUUAUUUACACGUUGCCUGGAUUCAUCACAUCCUAGAGUGAUGGUUGGUUUGAGAUUUUGUUCUGGUUACUGUGUAGGUAGUUGUUAUUAUUUGUUGUGGUUGUUGUUAUUUAAUGUCAAAUUUAUGGUUGUUAUGAUUUCAAUGGUUCAAUCUGUUUUGGGAAUACUUUGUGGUUUUGUCAGUUGAUGUGCUGCUGUAAUUGCCGAAGAUGAAAGAUUUGUUGAGACUUCAUCUGCAAGAUAAUUCUGCACAAAAGCCCCCCCACACACACUCACUCUGACAUUACGCUGCUCAAGUCCUACUGACGCUGAAGAUAACUCGCCUGUUCAUUCUCUCAUUCCAGUGGCAGCUUUUUUCUGUGAUUCCUUCAGCAUAAGUGAAUGUAUUUUUAUUGAAGGCUUUUAUAUUUAUGAGGGUUCAUCUCAGGAGGAGCUAUGGGAGAUUAACUUAAGGAAUUGGAUAUGUAUAAAAAUUAAUGAGCAUAUACAGGAUGUUAACUUGACGGUUCUUAUUUUCUUUUCUGGUUGUUUCCGGCUGUAAACAAAAAUAAAGUUAACAUGGAGGAAAAUGUUUCCAAUUACUUUCAUUAUAAUGCAUUUUGAUGUGAAAAUUUGCAUCUGCAGUUCAUUAUAUAAAAUCAGUCAAUUUAUUUCAGCAAGAGGAUUUACGUAUUUUGAAGCAUACCUGUUUUACAGAUAUUUAACAGGAUAAAGUGAGUCAGGAGGAACACAUGCAAUGAAGAGGGACUAUAAGAUCACCACUAAAGUCUAAUUUUGCUUGCAGUGUGAAACGAUGCUUCCAUGCAGGUAUUCAUUGAUUGUCUCGUUAUGAAAGUCCUCAUCCCUCUUGGAGGAGGGAGGAGGGUGUAGGGGCUUCCCUUUUAAGGAAAUAUAUGUCGUUUCUCGUGUCAUGACGCAGUCAGGGGAGGAAACAA